AUGCCUACUCGCUCGGACGCGGCGGCUCCGGAAUCUAUUCCUCCAACAGCACCGGCACCAUCGGCAGCUGUUUCGUCCACAACGGCAUUAACAGAGACAGCAAAUACUAGUUUUGGGCGUAUUCAAGGAAACCCUAUCAAGGACUACCGCCGCCUAGCCCCCCGCCACCUCGAACCUAGGGCAAAGACUCGUAAAGAACCAGAGAAGCGAGAAGAUAGCUCUCGUGAGGAGUCAAACAUGGAGGAAUCACUACUGGAUAGAAAGGAUGGUCAUAUCGAGGUGGACAAUGAUUAUGUGGAGGUGUCUCCCCAUAACAUAAACAGGGAGGAGAAAGAGCGUUAUACUACUGGCGGAAAGCACAAGCCCUCCAGAGAUAAGUCUCUAUCGCACCCCCCCACUAGGAUGUCAUCACGACAACACCCCCGGGAGAGAGUAGCGGUGGACAUAACCACCCUCUAUAAAGAGCAGAAUGCCAAACUCCUUGAAGCCGAAGGUACCAUCCUUGAAAAGGACAGGCAGAUAAACGCCCUAACAGAAACUAUAACCCGUCUGCACCUCCGAGAUGGCGGAAUCUCUCGAGAUGAUAAAUACUUCGUCACCGAAUUCUCUGAUAUUACAAACUCGAUAACAGCAUGGACUAUGACCUACUUCCAGAAGAGUCAGUGGCAAGAGAUCACAGACCUUAACGCGCUGCCAAUAGAAUUGGUGCAAACGGUGAAGAAUGUUGUGUGCGAUUCCACGAAUGUCUUGCGAUCUAUAAAGUCGGGGCGGGAAGUUAUAAAUGCUAUAGUGAUCAAUACUAUAUACAUCUGUUUAUUUGGACCCUUUCUUUUUGGCGCGCCUGACGCUGGAAAUUCCCUACGUUUCGUAGGGCCUCAACUUCAAGGAAGUGAUUUUCAAAUUCAACGGUGGCGUGCACUUACUGUCAACCUACUCGCCCAAGGCCCCGGGUAUGAGCGCCGAUACAAUGAGGACAUCUUCUCAGUCGCAGCAUCUCUCGCCAACUUGUUAGCCCCUCUGGCGCCUGAGGGAUCCGACGCGAAACCUAGAAAUGCCGAUCUUCAUAAGAUUGUGGGACAUGCAGCCGCUUUGUCUGUAGAGAUACGCAAGCAAUCCGAUCAAAUCUACCUUUUGCCUAUACAGCCCGGAGUGCUGUUCAAAUCAGACAUCAUGGAAGACCUCAAUUGCGAGUAUGAACUGUACGAACUAGAGGGAAAGGCAAUUGUCCAGGUCCCUAUAUUCCCAGCCAUCAUGAGAAGAUCUUGUCCGCCAGGUGGAGUGCUAGAUGAGCCACACAAUUUGAUGAAGGCAAGGGUCACGACUAUGUUCGUCGAUAACGAGUAA